AAAAUAAAAUUAAGUAUCUAAAAAUUCUAUAAAUUUUGUUUCUGUAUAAAUGUUAGAGCCAACAUAAAUCAGAAUCAAUGGCUUCGAACAUGUCCUCCUCCAAUUCUGGUUGGAUGCAUCGAGUGUGUGGUCGGUGUGGAUCCGGACCUUGCGUUGUCAAAAUCUCGCGAUCAUUGGAGAAUCCUGGACGUCGUUACUUUAAGUGUCCGAUGAACCCACCUUGCGACAAAUGGAAUGGGUGGUGUGACGAGUCUCUUCCAAGCAACGCUUCUGUCCCACGUCCGAAUGAGACACAUGGUGUUCCUUUUGAACUUUCAACUGUCACCCCUACGUUGAUUGUAGACAUCGCAAACCUCAGGGCUAAAAAUCGGGAGAUUCUCAACUCAGUGAGGACACUUCAGACAGUCAUGAUUGCCAUAGGUGUUGACUAAGUGUUGUUGCUCUGUCUUAAGUUCGCCUAGAUGAACCUGACUUGUUCACGUAGUUCCAUAGAUGGAGUUGUUAUCCUUUUGUUUUAAUAUUGGUAAUCAACUUUUGCCUUGUAAUGUGCCGUAUGUUAGUGUGUCUUACGUAAAUGUGCCAGAUGUAAAUUAAUGUAAUCGACUUGUGACUUAAGGUGUAUAGUACGAAAAUGUUAA